AUGGAAUUCACCCGUUGGGAUUAUAUCGGUCGCGACCAUGCCUUCUGCAAAGAAUGCGGCUGCUAUUUUAUACAGUCAUCGCAGGUCGACUUUUGUUCGUCAUGCAGGGCUGAGAUCGCAUGGGAGCCUACUGAUUGCGCCUUUCGUGCCCUCAGAACGGAUGAACUUGUUUUGGAGGAAGGCUUUCAACCUGCCAACCCCAAUGCCAACGUUUCCGUAGAGCAACAUGUCCUCGACGGGAGUGUCAUGGACACUCAGUUCAUCUCUUUCACUUGGUCCCUGGAUGUGGCUGUUUUCUUCGCCGUGAAAGGAUUUCUAGCACGAGGUAACAUGCCAAGGGUUGCCGUGGCUUCAGUGCCCCUCGACCGGUUUCAGGAUCUCUCCGACAUGGGUAUCCUCGUAGACUGGACAGCCCGAAACUAUGCGCGGGUGUUUCGAGAGUUCUUGGUGACCGAUGAAACCAAGCAUCUCGUCGAUGUGGAGAAAGUACUCGAAUUGGAUCCGGCAGUUUGUCGCGUGUUUUGGGGUCACACCGGUUCCUUUCGUGACUUCCAAAGCAUCUACGAAACGUCGGUUCUUCGCAACAAGGUUAUCAAAGCCUUGAGAACGACAAAGUUGGCAGUUGAGGUUGACUUGGUUGGAUUGCCGCAUUACCGAGCCUUGCGUGAGAAUGUGAAUCUCCAUUUCAUUCGACUCGUUCUAGAAAAUGAUAAUCCGCAUGAUCAGAACAAUGCCAUCAGAGUGGAUGGAUGCAACGUUUUGAGACAAGAGAAAUGGCAUACAAUCGGCUAUCUCUCCAGCGAGCAUGCAGAAGAAGUCCGGAUGAACCUUGCACUCUCUGGCAAUAGGUAUCGUUGUCCCCGCUUUCCGGAUUUGAAUCCCACCUACGAGACAUGGUUGGAAAUUCACUUUGAGGUCCACAACGAUUGCGCGAAGGCAAAACUGCGUCUUCAUGGCAUGCGUGACAGUGCAGGAAAAGCUUGGUUUGAGCCAGUCCACAUCAUUUAA